AUAUACAUACACUUUGUAGAUACAUUAAUUUUAAACAUGCGUUGUUAUUAUUAUUACUUUUUUCUCCCUAAGUCCCAAACCAUAAAUUAACAAGUGGUAAAAAUAUGGCAAAUAUUGAUCAAUGAUAUAAAAAUUACUCCUACAUAAAUUGUGCAACAUUUGUGUGAGGUACAUCUAUCAUAAACCUAAUUGUGCAACAAAAAAGGUACUCCAUACUAAAUUAGACCUUAAUUACUUACGCCGAUAUUUGAAAAUAGAUUUUUUUUUUCUUUUUCGGAACUGAGACAAGAUCCUUAAAUUUGCCGUAUUAGGUAUUCUUUUGAGAGGAGGGAAUAUAGAAGUCCCAACAACAAUUUUAAACUUAACCAACAAUCAUCAUCAAUUACUUUCCAUGAUUAGUAUGCAUUGAGAGGCGAUAAUCAUCACUUUUUAUCGUCACUCUGCAUCAACUAUUCCAUUUUUUUUCUGGGAAUUUGGAGAGAUAAUGGAUUACACAACAAAAUCACAAAUGACAGAUCAAUCAAAACCCAAUUUUUUACCAGUAAAAACACCAAAUUUAUCUGUAAUUUCAGAUACCAGAAAAUCCAUGUUUUGUGUUUAUGUUUUUAUGUUAACAUUUAUUUUCUGCACUUUUUUCAUUCUUUUCAACAACCCAUCUUCUUCUUCUUCUUUGAAAUACAUUGCUAAUUUCAAAGACUUCUCUCAUUUUUCUUCCUUAUUCACCCAUUUCUUCCCCAAUUCUUCUCCAAAUUCUUCUUUUGUAUUAGGAAUAAAUAAUACUAAUACUAAUAAUAGUAACAAUCAUAUUGUCAAUAAUGUGUCAUUAUCAUCAUAUCAUUAUCCUCCAAAAAUUGGGGAUGAGUUGUAUGAAUCAAUGUUAAAUUGUGAUUUAUUUGAUGGGAAAUGGGUUAAAGAUGAUUCAUACCCACUUUAUUCACCUGGGUCUUGCCCACAUAUUGAUGAGCCCUUCAAUUGUUAUCUCAAUGGUAGGCCUGAUAAUGCCUAUGAGAGGUAUAGAUGGCAGCCUCAUGGGUGCAACAUUCCUAGAUUAAAUGGCACCCAUAUGUUGGAAUUGUUGAGAGGGAAGCGUCUUGUUUAUGUUGGUGAUUCAUUGAAUAGGAAUAUGUGGGAAUCACUUGUAUGUAUACUCAGAAAUGCAGUGGAGAAUAAAACCAGGGUAUUUGAAGCUUCUGGAAGAGAAGAGUUUCGCACUGAGGGUUCUUAUGCCUUCAUAUUUGAUGAUUACAACUGUUCAGUGGAGUUCUUUAGGUCCCCAUUCUUGGUUCGAGAAUGGGAAAUGCCUGACAAAAAUGGAACAAAGAAGGAUACACUGAGGCUUGAUUUAGUUGAGAGGGAAUCUGGCAGAUAUAAGGAUGCAGAAUUUCUGAUCUUCAACACUGGACAUUGGUGGAGUCAUGAGAAAACUCAAAAGGGGGAGGGUUACUAUCAAGAAGGUAGUCAUGUCUAUAGUCAAUUAGAGGUCAAUGAGGCUUUUCGACGAGCAUUGACAACUUGGGGAAGAUGGCUGGAGGCUAUGGUUGACCCCAUGAAAACACAAGUUUUCUUUAGGGGAUAUUCAAAUUCUCACUUUGGAGGUGGAAGGUGGGAUUCUGGUGGUACAUGUGAUAAGGAAAUUGAGCCGAUCAAGAACGAAACAGAUCUACCAGAACAACCCCCCAUGAUCAAAGUAGUGGAGAAUGUGAUAAAGGGGAUGAAAGUACCGAUUUUCUAUCUUAACAUCACAACACUGACUGACUACCGGAAAGAUGCCCACCCUGCAGCUUAUAGAACACAGGAGGAGAGGCUUUCACAGCCAAGAUAUCAAGACUGUGCUCAUUGGUGCCUUCCUGGUGUUCCUGAUACUUGGAAUGAACUAGUGUAUUCUCAAAUCUUGAUAAGAAAUUACCAAAAGCAACAUCAAGGAUAAUACCAACUAGAGCAGUGCCGUUAAAGGACAUGGGCCGGAGUGAUGGAUGUAGAACUUCUCAAGGGAGCCCACAGGACACAACCAAAGAUGAUGAAAUUUUGGAUUACUGCAGCAAUAUGGGUAAGUCAUAUCCAUCUAUUGUCUACUACUUUAUAUGGAGUAUUUAGUAAAGAGUACAUUUUUAAACAAGAUAUAAGGAUGAAAGAUAGAUAAGCAGAGUACAGGCUGAAAUAGAAACUUCAACAGGCCUCUUUUCCUCGGCCCUCAUUGGCCUUGUUUAGUAGUCAUUGUUUCUUGGGAUUGAUAGAUAUAGCUCUUUCCAGACAAUUGUUUUGGUGCUAUAUCUUGUACCAAAAUGAACAUGAUCUUGUACAUGGUCAGAAAAAGUCUUGCAAUCUUUGGUAGGUUUGUUUCUGUAAUUCAACUUUAUAUAUUAAGGUUUUUGUAAUACAGUUGUUAAGGCAAUU